CCCUACCUUCUCUCUCUAAAAUUCUUCUCAUCCAUCACUCCCCCUCUCUCUCUCCUCAACGAACAUUAGUUUCCCAAAUCGGAAUGGAAUCGUCCUCGCCGGAGCUCGACCUGGAAAAACUCAGAGCAAUCAAGGUGCUUGGAAAAGGUGCAAUGGGAACCGUAUUCCUUGUUUACGAUCGCAUUCUAGACCCUUCCAUCGAAUCUCCUUUCGCCCUUAAAGUCGUCCAGAAAUCCUCUAUCCACGACCAGCUAGACGCCCUCCGACGUGCCAGAUGGGAAGUUUCCGUCCUCGCCAGAUUAUCCAACCCCGAACCAUCUCAUGCUUUUUUACCCAACCUUAUUGGGUCGGCAGAUACAGAAGAUUUUCUCGCAUGGGCAGUUCCUUACUGCCCCGGCGGCGAUCUCAACGUUCUCCGGUAUAGACAAGUCGACCGCAUGUUUUCCCCGGCGGUUAUUCGGUUCUACCUAGCUGAAAUCAUUUGUGCUCUUGACCAUCUUCAUGAUAUGGGGAUUGUUUAUAGAGAUCUUAAACCGGAGAAUAUAUUGAUUCAACAAUCUGGUCAUGUCACGUUAACAGAUUUCGAUUUAUCUCGUAGCCUUAAAAGACGGCUGGAGACGACAUGUAAACCUCCGCCUGCGCCGCCUAUUGAUGAAGCCCGACGUAGAAAAAGCCACCGUCAUCGGAGAAAUAUUACGAGGAUGAUCAUGAGUCCGGCGACAAUGGCCGGAAUUGAUAUUAAUUUGCUUAAAAAAGCAAAAAGCGCCCGCGUUUCUCCGGUGAGCCGCCGGAAAACAAGUUUUGAGGUGGGUGAAGGAGGAAUUGAACAGCGGUUAAAUUCGUUUGUCGGAACAGAGGAAUAUGUCUCGCCGGAAGUUGUUCGUGGAGAAGGACAUGAAUUCGCCGUUGAUUGGUGGGCUUUAGGAAUCCUAGCUUAUGAAAUGCUUUACGGUCGAACUCCGUUCAAGGGUAAGAACCGGAAAGAAACUUUCCGACAAAUUUUAAUGAAGUCGCCGGAAUUUAUUGGAAAACAGACGCCGUUAAUGGAUUUAAUCAGACGGUUGUUAGAAAAAGAUCCGACGAAGCGCGUGGGGUAUACUCACGGCGGGUCGGAGAUCAAACAACAUGAAUUCUUUCGCGGGUUAAGGUGGGACCUACUAACGGAAGUUGUACGGCCUCCGAUUGUUCCGUCAUCUGACGAUGAUGUUUUUAGAGGGAAUCCGUCAUUUGUCGGAUUUGAUUUGAGAGAACAUUUCGAGAUUUUGGCAAUUCCGCCUACUUCUCUUCCGCCGUCACCGUUUCCUUCGCAGUCGUUAGAUAACUGUAGACAUAACGUUUCGUUAACGGAGUUCUGAUGCACGUGUAAACUUUUAUUUUUAAAUUUACUAUUUUCUUAACCACGCUUACUUGUAAAUAGUGAGAAUAAUGGGGGCAAAUCAUUCUCAUGGAUUGUAAUUAGCUGCGGUGAUUAGCAAUUAUUCUCACGCGCGCAUAUGUUGGCGCGUGUAACUCGCUGUUAUUGUUUUUUUUUACCAUGGCAGUUAAAAAAAAAAGUUUUGUGGACGGUAAA